AGAUCCCGACAAGAGCGAGGACGAUUGCCACACUUGCUCACAAAUCGAGGUAUAUAAGAUGCGGGGCGUGUUGUCUCAACAUAUUAGCACCUACCAUCUUCCUCCGAGCACCAUCUACCACCAACAACCACCAACAUGAAAGCCUUUAUCGUAUUGUGCGCUCUUGUCUCGUGCGCUCUCGCCGGCAACGUGCGUGAGAAGCGAGGAUUUUUGGGUGGUUAUGGUGGCUACGGCUCUGGGCUCGGUGGCUACUCCGGCUACAGUGGCCUGGGAGGCUACUCAGGAUACAGCGGCCUGGGAGGCUACUCGGGCUACGGUAGCCUGGGUGGCUACUCGGCCGGUUACAGCGCUCCCGCGGCGCAAAUCGUCUCCGUAAACAAGGUGGUGAACACCCAGCGUGUGGUGAGCGUGCCUCAGGUUGUGAGCGUGCCCAAGGUUGUGUCCGUGCCUCAGGUGGUGACCGUUAACAAGGUGGUGGCCGCUCCCAGCUACUCCGUCGGUGGAUACAGCUCCAGCCUGGGUUACGGAUCCGGAUACAGCUCUGGAUAUGGGUCAGGCUAUGGCUCCGGAUAUGGGUCAGGCUAUGGCUCCGGAUAUGGCUCAGGCUAUGGCUCUGGAUACGGCUCUGGAUACGCCAGCGGGUGGUGGUGAUUUCUAGUCAAACGCUUGUUGUUAUCUUAUUGUAAUUUAUAUUUUGUUAUCUCUUAAAUAUUAUUGACAAUAUUUGUUUUUCAUAAUAAAUAAUAUUUUUUUGAAUAUAA